AUGGACAACGAGGCUGUGCCUGCUGACGAAUAUGAACAGUAUGACUACGAGCAGGAUAAAAUAACAGGAUCAAAGGGUGGGAGAAAUCGCGCAAAAAAUGAACUCAAGCAUGGAUUUAGCUCAAAUCGCUCCGACCGCAUACACCUCGAUAGCCAAAUAAAUAACAGUGAAAAACAAAAGGAAGCUGCCAAAAAGAAAAUGGGAGUGAAAGAAUAA